GCGCAGCGGGAUGGCGGCGGCGGGCCGUGUGGCGGCGGCGGCGCUGGCGCUGCGUGAGGCGGGCGCUCUGCGCUUCGGCGACUUCGUGCUGAAGAGCGGCCGGGCCUCCCCCGUCUACAUCGACCUGCGCGGCCUCAUCUCCCACCCGCUCCUCCUCCGCCAGGUUGCAGCUCUUCUCUUCCAAACAGCCAAAGAUGCUGGUCUGGAGUACGACUGUGUGUGCGGCGUUCCUUACACAGCACUGCCGUUGGCCACAAUUAUCUGCUCGGAAAAUCAGAUUCCAAUGCUUAUACGGAGGAAGGAAGCAAAAGACUACGGUACUAAGCGGCUGGUAGAAGGCACCAUUAAUCCAGGAGAAACAUGCUUGAUCAUUGAAGAUGUGGUAACAAGUGGAUCUAGUGUACUGGAAACUGCAGAAGUUCUUCAGAAAGAAGGAUUAAAAGUCACGGAUGCCAUAGUGCUGUUGGACAGGGAGCAGGGCGGGAAGGCCAGGUUAGAGGAGCGUGGAAUUCGCCUGCACUCUGUGUGCACAUUGUCCGGGGUGUUGGAGAUUCUCCAGCAGCAGGGAGAAGUGGCUGUUGAGAUGGUUGAAAAGGUGAAGAAAUUCAUUCAGGGAAAUGUGUUUGAGCCAGUGGCUCAGAACGGUCCUGCUCCUGUCAAGAGACUAUGUAAAGAGCUGAGCUUCAGUGCUCGUGCCGAGCUGCCGGGGGUACAUCCUAUUGCAGCCAGGCUUCUUGUGCUCAUGGAAAAGAAGCAAACAAACUUGUGCCUUUCUGCUGAUGUUACCAGCUCCAAAGAGCUGCUGCAGUUAGCUGCCAUCCUGGGCCCCGGCAUUUGUAUUCUGAAGACUCACAUAGACAUCCUGAAUGAUUUCACCCAGGAGGUAGUAAAGGAGCUGAGAACGCUCGCAGAUCAACAUGAAUUCCUGAUUUUUGAAGACAGGAAGUUUGCAGACAUUGGAAACACAGUGAAACAUCAAUAUGAAGGUGGUGUGUUCAGAAUCGCAUCCUGGUCAGACAUUGUUAAUGCCCAUGUGGUUCCAGGCUCUGGAGUUGUGAAAGGUCUGAAGGAAGUCGGUCUUCCUCUCCAGCGUGGCUGUCUUCUGAUUGCCGAGAUGAGUUCCCAAGGGUCACUUGCAACGGGUGAAUACACAAAAGCUGCAGUACAGAUGGCUGAUGACAACUCAGAUUUUGUUUUUGGAUUCAUAUGUGGAUCUAGAGUUAGUAAUAAACCGGAAUUUCUUCACUUAACUCCAGGGGUGCAGCUGCAAACUGGAGGUGAUAACCUUGGACAGAAGUACCUAAGCCCCAAGGAAGUUAUUAGUGAAAAAGGUUCAGAUAUCAUUAUUGUGGGACGUGGCAUCUUGUCAGCUUCAGACCGUCUUCAAGAGGCAGAGAAGUACAGGAAGGCAGCUUGGGAGAGCUACAUAAGCAGACUUGGUAUUCGUGCAGAAGAUUGAAAGCAGGCCACUUUCCUAGCCAAUAAGCAAAUCUGAUGGAGCUGCAAUCAUCGUGAGGCUUCCAGUUAAAUACAAAGGCACUUCAGCCAGUAGAAAACUGCCCUUCUGGAGAACAAUCUGAACUAAAUUAUUUUUAAUCGCACACACACAGAUCAAGUUGCACAUGCCAUGGUUGGGUUUUUUAAUGCGUGAAACCAAACUUCAUGCCCAGUUUUUAGCCUGAAUAGCUUUUCUCUGCUGAAAAAUGUUGCACGAAACACUCCAACGGUGUCUGGUUGGCUGUUGUUGCUUUUGUUUCUUUUCCCCACCCUCAAAUUCUUUCUGUCUGUGGAAACAGUAUUUUACUGUUCUUAAUAAACUGCACCUGCAGAUCUGACCUGCUGCCCCACUCUCCCAGGAUUACUUGACUCUGCUAUUUCCAAGGAGCAAGUAUGGCUCUUAAUCCCACACUGUGAAAUUGAAUAAUGUGUUGUUUAAUAAAUACUUUUUUGCUACUGUCCUUUCAUUGGAUCUAUAACUUUUCCUUCUGUGGGAGUGUGAAAUUCUGUUUUCAGGACCCCAGUAUUAUAAAAAGUCAUUCUAGUGUUUGUGACUGCAGGAAUUACUCUGUUUACAGGAGCUGCAAAAAAUUUGUCAGAGCAACUGUUGCAUGUUUAAUUACAGUGGAGCUGUUGAUUCCUCUAAUGAGAAACAAAAAUGUACUUUCUGUUUAUUGACUUUUUAUGACUAGCUGGAAUAAUUCUAGGAAUUACUUUCCACUUUUCAUGAUGAGUAAGGAGAAGUAGAAAUAUCUGGUAUGAUUGGUUUUGAUUAGAAAGGAUGGAAUAACCUUAAAACUAUCUAGUGUAUGUGUGGUGGAAAUCGCCUUGAAUUUUCGUUGCUAUCAAGAAGGCAAAGAUGGUGUUGUGGUUCCUGUGCUGAUGCAAAGCACACAGAGGAAGCUGGGUCCCUUUGUUAAUACAGUUACCUGUAGACUAGGAACAGCUCUAUCUAGCCUUGCUGUCUGGGUGUGUUGGGGGUGAUGACUUUACCUUUUCACACUCCAGUCUUGGAAGUGUACUUCACUCCCCUUGAUGACAGUGCUGCUUAUGGGGCUUAGGAGUUGGUUAUUUUGGUGAGAAUAUUAUAACUUGGUGUAUGUGGUUUGUUUUCCAUGGGGCUACCAUUUACUUCAACAGUCGUCUUACGCAUCAUAAUUUACAUCUGGAGAACUCUAGCUAGGGAACAUGGAGGCUCUCUUAGCCACCUUUCACAGCUGGAACUUGAUGAGUGUGUUGUAUCUUGUGCAGCCAGCCUGCGAGUCGUCAUACUUCACAUCAACUUCUAAGAAGUUCCAGUUCUUCAAAGUGAAUGGAGGAUUUGGGGUUUGUUUACUGUGUCAUCUUAAUUAUCUCAUGGCCUUGAGGCCUGUAGCAGAAACAAGACUUUCUCACUUAAAGUGUUUUGCAGAAAAAUGCUUUUUCCACCAGAGGGAGCUGAGACUCUAUUUUUCAGGAGAGUCGAUGUACUAGCUCUUUUACAGCUAAUAGUUUCCGAUGAUACCAACUCUAGAUAUGUUUAGGAUGAAAAUCUGUCUGGUUUUCAACAAGUUACACCCUUGCUGAUGCCCUCAUUUAAAACAGUAGAGUUUACCAGAAAACUGCCUCAGGCUGGAGUUCAGCAUUGUAUGUUGUAGGUUCACUGUUGCAGUACAAGACGAGUUCAGUAUUUUCCACUAACUAUGCUGAAUCGGGUUAAGCAGGUGGCUGACUUCCAUGCAGCUAAAUCCCUGAGCAGGCUCUUUGGAGAGCUGGUUUAUCAGGCCUCUAGCUGAAAAAAUAGCAACCAGAUUUGGAGAGACGGAUGUGAUCUAAUAUCCAGCCACUUUUAGACAAUACAUGCAACUCAUUUUCUUAGCAAAACAACUUCUGAGGAACAGAUUGAUUGGAAAACUUCAUUUCACAGUCCUUCAUUGUGGACUCAGUAAAUCAUCCAGAAAGAGCUGUAUUUUGGUGCUUCAUUUGACACCAAUGUUGCAAACAUUUCAAUUAGCAAAACAAAAACAUGUUACCUCCUAUAUGCAUUCUUCUGUCAGAAUGAUUAUAGUAAACAAGCAUGUGCACUUUCUUUGAGGCACCUGAAAGUGAUUAAAAAUCCAUUUCAAAUUAAGGACAAAUGUUAAUUUCCUUGCUUGCCCCUGCUGCUCACAUUCAUCGCAUAGUUCCUGCUGUUGGUCCCAACUGUUCCUAACAUGGGAACUAGGUCACAAUUUACAAAACUCAUUUGCAUCAUAAUAUACGAAUCUGAAAGUCUUGCAGUUCAUUCUCUGAUCUGAUCGAGUCUGGGAUAGAGGCAUAAGGCUAUAUUUAAAUUACUGGGUUAUCACAUGACUUAUAUUAUCUGGCAAGUAGGUGUUUAUAUGAAAUUGUGAUCCUUAAUCCACUCUGGAGUAUGGUUUAUAACAGAAUGAAAGGAUAUCACACUUUUCAUAGUGAAAUAAGACUGCGAUCAAGCGUUGUCAGUGUUUGCAACAGAAAGAAGGCUGACUUGCUGCUGUUUCUGGGCAGUGUAGCAGGGACUGUGAGAGACCAGCACAAGCUGGAACCAUUAAGGAAUUGUUAGGUAGCUUUUGAUAUUUGUAUGUAAAGUUCACUCUAUCUAUCUCUGUCUAGCAUGAGGAGUGCUGUGUCAAGAGAACCCAGCCUGCGGACUUUAAUUGGUGUAACUGCAUAAGUGCAGUGCUUGACUCAGACUUAAAAUUCUUGCAAAAUCUUGGUAUCUCCAGCACUGAAUUAAAACCAGCCAAGUUAAAUUUUUUGUCCUUAAAAGUAUGAUUUGUAUGUCACAGUAUCAACAUUGCUUUAUUAACUAGUAAUUGACAGGUUGUAUUAUAGUUUCCAUUGCCUAUUCUAUGAAAAUUUAUUUGAGACUUAAUCCCAGAAAAAUAACUGAAUCACUUCCCUUUAAAUUUACGUGGAAAGCCUGUUGCUGUGGAUUUUUGUAGCAAGCGACACAAACAUUGCAUUUAGGGAACGGGACCAAAGGAAUGUGAAACGCCCGGGGGAAGUUUGUUUUCAGAUUUGACUUUUGGAGGUCACUGUCUCACAGAAAUGAUCUGUUUCAGAAGGCUUGUAACGACUGUGGGCUAGACAGGCUGGAUGUUUGGUUUGUUUGUAAUCACUCUGUUGGUUCUUGGUCGGUCUGUACCACAGUGGCAAGUACAGCCUCAUGUUCGAAUGCUGCCGCAAAUUAAAACUCAGCCUGGUGCCUGCCCCAGCUUCAGGUUUUUCUCUAACUCUCUUAGCAGGCAUUUGCUGGUUGGGAGCGGUGACCCUGCCUGCGUGUCUGGGUUGACUUUGUCCUCAGUCUUGGUUCUCUGUUUCUGCAUGACCCUCAUCCUCCUCUGAACUUUCUCUCAUAAGCUGAUGCUAUCCACAGUCAGGCUGUGAAAAUGCAGGGUUGUAGGUGGAGGCUGGCCAGUACAGAGAACAGGAGGAAGCCCGAGCAAGGCUGUAACUGUGAAGUUCUUGCUUGUAGCAUGGUCUCCUGAGCAGAAGUGUGGUGGUAUGCCAUAGGUUGUGUUUAGCCCAAAUAAGUGUUGCAGGAGGAGAAGCUAAGCUAGUGCAGUCACUUUUGAUCUGUUCCUGAACAGCUAAUAGUAGCUAUACAGAAGAUACUUUCACAAACAGGACUAUUUAGAUGGGGAAAUUCUGUAGUGUUCCCUGCAGCUGAUCAUUUCUGCUUUGCUGAGAGGUAUCAUUUUAGGCUGAUGAUGGGAGCAGCCAUAAAGGUGACCUGGUUAUAAGGGGGAAAAUAUUGAACAGAAGACGACCUCUGCUCAAAUACUGACAGAGAAAAUGCCUGCCAGCCUAGAAACCAGAAGCGUCCUUGAGGAGUGCAGCUGGCAUCUUUGAAGUGCAGCUGGACACCGAGAAACCAGAGACAUCCCGAGAUACCACUGAUAAGUGCAAAAACAAGGAACUGUAACAGCAACUUAUCGUCUGGAAAGGUGAAAAAAAAAGUCUGGAAAAAGGGAAAGACAUUCUGAGAAAGUGAGCGUUGGUAACUGCUAUUGGCUGUUCUAACUCACAGAACAGAAAAACAGUCUGAUAAAACAAAAAUUGGUCUGAGAGAAUAGAAAACAUCACCAGUUAUUGGUUGUGUCAGGUGGAAAACAGAAAUUAGCAGCAUCUAUUGGCUGUUCUGGGUGGUGGUGUCCUACGCCCCUUUAUGCCUCUGUGAUAAAAAAAGGACUUACUUUUUACCCAAAAUGCAGCCUCUUUCCUGCACACGAACCCUUGUUCCCCACGACAUUUCCUCGGCAGAGCGGACCCUCAGCAGGGACACCGGGCUGACUCCGGCUCCGUGAUGCAGCUCAUUGUCCAAGUGAGACUUCAUCCGUUGUCGACUGGCCCCACUUCUGGGAUGGGUUUGAUUGGCCCCACUGCUGGGAUCGCACUGAUGAGCACUUGGUACUGGUAACAUUAUACAUAUAUAUAUAUAUAUGUAUAUAUACACACAGGCAUGCAUGUAAGUAAUUACUGAUAAGUAUAUUUGCUGCUUUAUUAGUGGUAAUUCUGUAGUAACUUGUAAUAUUGCAAUACAGACUUGCUACUAAUAUUGAUUGUGCUGCUGUUGAAAUAUAUAUUUGCUUUCUGGUAGUAAUCUGUAGUAUACAUAUACUGAUCAUAAGUGUACUUGCCUUGAUAGUGAUGACCUGUAGUAAAAUGCAAUAAAGUAAUUUCGGAAAUUAA